GACGAACUUGAAAAAUUUAGGCUGAACUUUUUUAGAUGCGCAAACCGUGAUGUAGCUCAUUUAGUGAAAUAUCAAUUUCAUAACUAGCGCAACGGCGUUUUAAGAACAAUAUGGUCCACGCACACCCUUGUACAAAAUUCAGCCAGACGCACUUAUCAAGGCUAUCAACGGAAAUUGAGCAACGAUUGUCAUUUUCCAACUCACUUCAAUAUUUACUUCAUUUUAAUUCCCCUAAGGUUUGCUAGCAUUUCUUUCGCGUUUUAUCUAUUUUAAACACUACCGCCUCGAAAUUUCAUUCAAUUUUGAGACAAUUUUGUGAGAAGCAGAGUGUAGUAAAAAUUGCGUGACUUAGUAGCCAAUUGAAUUUCACUUAAUAGCCAAUCGAACGUAUAUUGACUCCAAUAACAAGGCGUGGAAAUAAACUUACAUACAAGGUCAGUCUAGUAUUUGUUCAACAUUCAAUUCAAAUUGAAAAUAAUACGUAACCAUUCCAUAUGCACAGAAGUGAUAACCCAAAAUACCACAUCGUCUAAUGACUGAAUGCACCUGGAAUUUUUUUUAGCAACUAGACGUGGAUUACAACUGCAUCCGUUUUCGCUCAAUGAAGCAAACUCAUGCGAAGGUCAAGGCAAUGCUUCCCUUUCGGGUUCUUAAACAGACCAACCUCGGAUGUUUUGAUUUUUCCCACCUCCGUAAAAUAUACGCUUGUGCGAUAAAAUAGCAGAAAUUUUUAAGACGUCAGAACACGCGAUAAUCAUACCACGUGCUCAAUUAACACGCAGCGUGUGAAAUGAUUGUAAACUUGCCCUAUCUUAUGAUGUGCAAUUAACAGUUUUCGGGGAGAAAAGAGCGGGAGACUGUCUUGUAAUUUAAAUAUCAACCAAACAAAUAAAUUUUAGUGUUAUUCUUACAAUUUUUCCCCGCUGAGGGCUCGACUGUGCAGGGCAGCAUGUAAAAAAUCACACACCAGGUACAUCUAUAAUCGUAUAUGACAUGGUGCUCUUAUCCGAAAUCUAUACACUGUAUCACACUUCUAAUUCACUACAGACAGGCGAUUACCGAGGUAGAGCUCUGAUUGCAAACACAAAGCCGUGAAACAAGGCAUUUUACACAACAAUACGUUGAACGAUGUAAUAUUUAGCAUUGAUACAUGUGCUAAACUGUAAUCCGAGGUCAAGUUGUCAAUGCUCCUUCUGCCCCCAAUUUUCUUUUUUUUUUUAGCUAAACGCUCACCUUGGAGGAACUGGUUUGUUAAAUAUCGAACGAUUAAGAAAGAAUACUUGAACACACAUCGAUAGAAGACUGAAACAGACAACAACAGGAUUCUUCUAAUCACGUAAACUUAUGGCUCGAACAACAGAUUACUUGAACGAUAGCUUUGAAUAUUUCCUCUCCAUCGUGAAAAACAACUUAAAAUUCAUUGAAUUCCACCUCGUUUCAACAGCAAAUUCAAAACUUCAACUACUCCGCGCGUGAAAUAAACCAGCACCUAUUCUAACACUCACCAUGUCGGUCCAAAGUUAGAACGAUCUUGACUUUCCCAAUUUGAUCUGUAUUUAAUUGAAAUCAGCACAGCGCGAGACUCAAUGUGAAAUACGAGCCAGUAUUGCCCGCUUGCGCUGGGCCGGCCGGAUAUGGCCUGGUUGCCACAUGACCUGUAACAGUUUUUACCUCCUUACUGACACUUGAAUAUCAAUCCUUGAGAAAAUGUGCAUCCGAUAGAAGGCGAUAAAUGCUACAAUGAACGAGCCUGAACUAGCAAGGAGGUCCUACACUUAAAACUCAAAUAAGCAGAGUUUUAAUAUAUCAAAACAUAUAAUCACUCAAAAAAAAAAAAUUAAGCGAUUUCCCACACACGAUUCUCUCACACUGUACGUAUAAUCUGAGAUCAGAAAUUUGUUGUUUUCGUCAGAUUGAAUUUAAGCCGCUAUUUGUUCGGUUAAAACACGAGAAAGAAGUCCAAAAUUGAUAACAAUUAGAAAUCCCUGUUUUAUCUCCAAAACGAACAUAAAACUCCGUCUACCGAAUUCAGCAGGAAGCGUCAUUUGGGAGCGCCACGUUAAUUUCUCUACCCCUGCCCCUUCUCGGUCACCAAUCUCGUUCUCCCGCCCCCCUCCUCACCCCUCUUACAGGCUUUUUAUCCUUCACCGGAACCAACUUGAAAAAAAUUUUGCAGGCUUGAAAUGCUUUCCAUCAUUUCUUAAUGAACAGACAAUACAAUACAUCCGAAAAGUUAUUCUCACAAAGUAAAAAAACCUGUCAAUCGAAAUUGCAAGCAAUACACGACUUUCAUAAUGGCGGACACCGCGAGAGUCCUGGAUCAAGUUGCAUGAAAACGAGGUCAGAAAGGCCAAAAGAUCGCGUCGCGUCUCUUUUUGUUUAGAAUGGCGAGCACUUCGAUAUUUCUUACGGAAAAUGAUAUACCUGGCGCUUCUCUUCUUGGAAGAAAACCUGAGGAAUUAAAAAUCUCAGAGCUUAAAUUUUGGCUCAAAUGUCGUGGAGACCCGGGAAAAGGAUUAAAGACAAAAGCAGAGCUGGUGAAGCGAGUGUAUGAGUACAUGCGAACAGGCAAAGACAAACAGGUCGUGGAUCCAGAUCCUCACAAAAUCUACAGCCGUAGAAAGGAAAAGCAAGGCACGAGAUCUGAGCCUGACACUGAAAUCAAUGAAUCGGUACAGUUUCCUAGCUCUGGAUGGGGAACGUCACUGGAAAAGAUGCCUAUGUUUACGCGGCUCCAGAUGAAUCGCCAUGUUUUGAAGUCUGGAAAAGCGAUCGCCAAUGUAGAUCAUCACACCGUUCCGACCGGAUUAGUAAAGGCCAGGCGUUUCUUAGAAGACGAAUACCUGGAAGAUAUUGAAUGUGUGAGUGAUUCCAGACACUUUUUCUUUAAAGGGAAGUGUUGCCAUAGUUUCAGAAAAAGCGACCCUCCUCAUAAUCUGCAAAUUGCCCUAUGUAUCUUGUCUGGAGAAGUGGUGAGUGCUUCUUGUUCGUGUGUGGCAGGAAAAGUUGGAUUUUGUAACCACGUAUUGGCGCUGAUGUUUAAGAUGUGCAAGUAUACUUUAUUUUCUUCUACUACUACUAAAGAUCUGAGUGAGGAACAGGAUCAACAGUCCUCCGUAGCUUGUACUUCUCAACUCCAGCAGUGGCACAAAAAGGGUGGGGGAAAGAACAUUGCCCCUCAGCCAGUAAUGACAGUAGAAGUGAGAAAAAUAAAGGAUGCUGAAUCCACUUCACGGUCCGGUAUCAAACCGCUUGUGUAUGAUGCAAGAAUGAAAAAUACCCAUAAUCUGGCUACCGAGCAAAAUCUUAAGGAGCAACUGAGAAACAUUGAUCCCAAUAUGGGCCUAUCUCAAAUGGCUAAUGAACAGACUGAUCAGGCAGGUGUUGGACAUGUGGAAACAAAGUUUGGCAAAUUUCAAGUUGGCAGUUUCUUGUCAUAUCAAGUUGCUCUAACAGAAUCACACUUUGAGGCUACUGCAUCUAUUAACUGCAUUUCAAGACUCGAUCAAGUAAAUAACGAUGCCUUAAAUUAUCCAAGGUUUCCUCUAAGGGACAUUGACAGCAUGGUAAUUCCAGAUAAUUUGUCUGAGAAUGACCAGAAACUGUUACAGUCUUUAACUUUGGUUGAAGAUGAAAUCAAUGACCUGGAAACUCAAACAAGGAACCAAGCCGAAUGCUCAAAAUGGAAGGAAGAGAGAAAAUUCAGAUUUACAGCAUCGCAAUAUCAUUUGAUUUCGAAACGACAAAGAAACCACGCUUCAUUUGCUGAGCAACUGAUGAAUCCCACACCAGUUUCUUCUAAAUAUUUAGAACAUGGCAAAAAGUUUGAACCAGUUGCCCUGAUGGAGUAUGAGAAGUUCAUGUUCAACAGAGGGACACCUGUUAAGGUACUGCCUUGUGGACUUGUGGUAUCAAAAGGAUGUCCAAUUUUAGGUGCUACCCCUGAUGCACGAGUAGUUGACUUUGGCUGUACUGAUUACUUUGGGAUAGCAGAAGUAAAAUGCCCAUACACCAAGUAUCAUGUCACACCCCUUGAUGCUUGCACAGAUGCAAAGUUCUUCAUGGAACAGACAGGUGUUUCAGAGUGUAAAUUGAAGGAAGACCACCCCUACUAUGCUCAAGUCCAGGGACAGAUGGCGGUUACGGGAGCAAGGUGGUGUGACUUUAUUGUGUAUACCAGCAAAGGCAUUUAUAUUGAACGUAUACUUUUUGAUCCUGUUUUCUGGGCUGGACUAAAGCAGAAACUGCUCUCUUAUUACUUUGAACAUUUUCUUAAGUUUGCUUCUGCGAAGCUUUUCGAGGGAAAUUGUCAGGUAAACAACAACAGUGACUGUGAAAUCUUGUGCACAGCUACAUCUGGUUGACCCUGUUAUCUACAGUUUCCCAGCAAAAAAUUAUUUGUUCUAACAUCUCUGUAUGUUUCAAACAGAAUUGGUAAUACCAUGCUACUUAAUUCAUCUAUUUUUAAAUGUUGUGAUUUUAUUUGUUGACUGGGAAUUAAUACCUUACAUGAAUAAAUUCUUACUGUUGUUAUAGUUAACAAUUUGUUUUGGGUUGAAAUUUUUCAAAUCAGUUUGAUUUUUAUUCUCCUUUGUUUCAAAGUAUGCUAAAGAAUACAAAGGAAAAUUAAAAUCCAACUGGUUUACAAACUUUAAACCAAAGAUAACUGAAACGACAACAUAGACAACAUGGUCAAAGUUAAAAGAG